AUGGGUUCAAGAUCACCCAGCCAGUCUGAGGGCGAAAUCUUGACGUCAGACUCGGAAGCGAAGGCAAAGAAUAUACCAUCUUUCCGCAAUAACAGCAAGAUUGACCGUCGUGCCAGACCAUCUUCCAUUCCCUACAGCGCUACGUCUAGAUCGCAUCGAUCACGCUCGAGAUCGCCUUACCGUGCUUCGAGAGGCGAGAAGCGCCCCCGCGACUAUGACCAUGCGAGAAACAGAUCCCAUCAUGAUACGCGCUCCUUCGCUGUGAGGUACGAAGAUGAUGCCUUCCGUCAUCGACGCCACGAAUCCUACGAACGACACUCAAAGCGGUCGCGAACCUCGCGAAGUCGGAGCAGGAGUCGGUCUCCAUAUAGGCACUCUCGUCGCAGAGAGGAAGGAAUGGAUGGCCCUACAAAUACUCGAGAUCCAGGUAGCAGGUUUGAGUCCAACUCCAGACACGCGGAUGAUCAGCCGGAAAAGGAUGCGACCACGAGAACUUCACAAUCCACACCCUCGCAUGAUCUUCCGACAGACGACGUCACCUCUAACUUGGUGCCUGCGCCAGGAUCUGAAGCUACUGGACACAGACAGGACAGGAAUCACACCGAAACCCACACGGCCGUCCCCGCUGGCGCCACCACCGCUGAGAUCGAAGAGCCCAGAAUGAUAGAUGAGGCUGCUCUGAUUGAAGAACGGCGCAAACGUCGUGAAGCUAUAAAGAACAAAUAUCGUGGUCAAGCUCCACCGCUAUUGGUUCAAGCACUUCAUCUUGGGGCCGAGUCGACGCCGGCAAGUCCUGCUCCGGAAAGCUAUACUACAACGCCACGCCGAUCCGAAUCCCCUGGCUCGUCCUCACCUCGUACGCCAAGAGAUCUGUCUGCUCCUCAGUCUCCAGCGGAGAUCAAGUUCGAUAAUGAUGCAGAUCUGACUAACACUGAUAGAAGAUCUCCGGUCGAAGACGGCCCUUCAGCUGCCGACUAUGACCCUACCGUGGACAUGGAAGAGGAACGAGCGCGACAUGAAAAACGUCUCUUUAAGGAAGACGAGAAAUCUCUCGAGCAAGCAGACCAAGCAGUAACCGGAGCUGACGACAAGGCUGCCCCUCCCCCUCCCAAGGCGACUGGUGAGUUUGACAUGUUUGCCGAUGAGGAUGAAGACGAUAUGUUUGCCGAAGCUCCUAUGAAGCCCAAAGUCGAGAUUAAGACUGCGCAAGCCCUGGAUGUCAACCUCAUGGACAAUUGGGAUGAUCCCGAAGGGUAUUACAUAACAAUCCUUGGUGAGCUGAUUGAGGACCGUUACCAUGUCACACAAAAUCUGGGAAGAGGGAUGUUCUCCUCUGUCGUUCGAGCGACUGAUAGACGAACCGGCAAAGCGGUCGCGAUCAAAAUUGUUCGGAACAACGAAACCAUGCGAAAAGCCGGAACCAAAGAAAUUGACAUUCUGAAAGACAUUGCUGCCAAUGACCCAGAAGACAAAAAGCACAUCAUUCGUCUUCAGCGAUCGUUUGAUCAUAAAGGUCAUCUUUGUAUGGUUUUUGAAAACCUCUCCAUGAACCUGCGGGAAGUGCUCAAAAAAUUCGGCAGGGAUGUGGGCAUCAAUCUCAAGGCUAUCCGAGCAUACGCACAGCAACUCUUUUGGGGAUUGAGCUUGCUGAAGAAAUGUCAAUACAUACACGCUGAUCUGAAACCAGACAACAUCCUUGUCAACGAAGCCAGGAGUACGCUGAAGAUCUGCGAUUUGGGAUCUGCGUCUCCCAUCACCGAGAAUGCCACUGCGCCAUAUCUAGUGUCUCGUUUCUAUCGGGCUCCUGAAGUCAUCCUGGGCAUCCCCUAUGACUAUGGCAUUGAUAUGUGGUCAGUUGGAUGUACCCUUUUCGAAUUGUACACGGGAAAGAUCUUGUUUACAGGCCGCAACAACAACGGCAUGCUUCGCGCGAUUAUGGAGUGUCGUGGGAAAUUUCCGCACAAGCUUCUCAGGCGUGGAACUCUGACGUAUGAAUACUUUGACGAUCUCCUCAAUUUUCGGGCUCAAGAGACAGACAAAGUCACAGGUCGGACGAUAAUCAAAGUGAUGGACAUCAAGCCAAAACCAGUCAGAGAUUUGAGAUCUCGGUUGGUCCCGAAGGACAAGCGCAUGAACGAACAGGAGCGCAAAGAGCUGGAUCUGUUUGUGGAUCUGCUGGAUAGGUGUUUGGAUUUGCGGCCCGAGAAGCGCAUCACGCCCAACGAUGCGUUGAAGCAUCCUUUCAUCUCGAGGGUAAAGCCAUGA